GUUCGCAGAGCUUGCCCAGCACCCCUCCAUCGCCGCGGCGGCCAAGGCGCUGCUCGGCCCAAAGCACUACCUCGAGAAGUGCGGGCUGGUGGUGUCGCAUCCUGGCGCGACGGCGCAGCGGCGGGCGCAUGGGCACGCCUCGCCUGCUUGCCUGGUGCACUGUUGAGGAGUCGCUGGAUGGGCCCACAGGUGGCACAUGGACACGCCGCACCUCUUUGCGUGCCGAGAGCACCUGCCGCCGCACUCGCUGUCUGUCUUUGUGCCGCUGUGCGACCUCCGCCCCGCCAACGGGCCCACCGAGUUCCACCUCGCGUCGCACAUCAAGGCCAACCUGGUCCGCCCGCCGAGCCGUGCGGCCGCCUGCUGCCCCGCCGGCUCGUGCGUGCUGUACGACCCGAGGGUGAUGCACCGCGGAGGGGCGAACGAGAGCGAGGGGGAGCGGGCACUCGUCUACCUCACCCUCUCCCGCGUCUGGUACAGAGACACGCUCAACCCGUGACCAAUCGGGGCGGGCC